AUGGGGAGAAAAAGGAAGAGCACAUCGGCCGCCAAAAGCGACGCUGCGGCGUCGCCGGAGGACAGCCGGCGGACAAGAAAGCGGACCUCGUUGGAGUCAGGCGGAGAUUUCGUGGAGGACGACGUCGCUGAGGAAGUCUCCGGCGGCGGCGACGUCGAGAGCGGUUCCGCAUCUGGUGGCGAGCUGGUGGGCGAGGCGGCGGAGGAGUUGCGGGUCCCGGUUCGGAGGGUUGCCCGGAACGAAGAUGCGGAGGGAGAUGUCCGGUUUUUGGGCGAACCCGUUGCUGAAGAGGAGGCCAGGGCUCGGUGGCCCAACCGGUAUCAGGCAGGGCAAGCGUUGGAUGAUAAUGUUUUGCAGGCUCGGUGUCAUUUUACUCAAGCAGAGGUUGAUGGGCAGAUUUUCUGCCUGGAAGACGAUGCAUAUGUUAUGUCCGAAGAAGGCAAAGAAGAUUACAUAUGUAGGAUUAUUGAAUUCUUUGAAGCAGUUGACUGUUCAAAAAAUUUUACUGCCCAAUGGUAUUACAGAGCUUCAGAUACGGAUAUUAAAACUUGUGGCGACCUCAUUGAUAACAAGCGUAUAUUCAUUUCUGAAGUCAAGGAUCAUAAUCCUCUUGAUUGUCUAGUGAAAAAGCUCAGAAUUGUGAAAUUAUCUCCUGAGGCUGAAUUUAAUGUGAAGAAGUUGAGGUCAACGUAUGAUUAUUAUGUUGAUAAGAAAUAUUUGAUUCCAUACACUUCCUUUGUAAGCUUACCUUCAGAUGCAACUGCAAUCAGCAGUGAAUCUGGUUCUACCAUCUCUAGUGAUGCUGAUAAUUUACCAGGGGGAACUUGUGAACAGGAAGAUCACCAUGCUGAGAAAACAAUGCUCGAUCUAUACUCUGGAUGUGGUGCCAUGUCAACUGGACUUUGCCUUGGUGCUAAUAGCUGUGGUGUUAAACUUGUGACUAAAUGGGCCGUUGACAUUAACCCAUAUGCCUGUGAAAGCCUCAAAUUAAAUCACCCCGAAACUCAGGUGAGAAAUGAAUCUGCUGAGGAUUUCCUGAGCCUGCUUAAGGAAUGGGAACAGCUGUGUCAAAGAUAUUUAUCAGCAGAGAAUAAUGGUUUUACUCCUGAUGAUGGAAAUUCUAAUGACAAGAAAGAUGGUGAAGAAGAUGAUGAUGAUGGUGAAGAUGUUUCUGAAGCAUAUGAAGUUGAGAAGAUUCUUGCCAUUUGUUAUGGUGACCCAAAUAAAAAACGCAAGCGUCAACUCUAUUUUCAGAUCCGCUGGAAAGGUUAUGGCCCUGAGGAAGAUACUUGGGAACCGUUGGAGAAUUUGAGUGACUGCCCAGAAAAGUUGAAAGAAUUUGUCAUUAAUGGCUGCCAAUCUAAGAUAUUGCCUUUACCCGGUACUGUGGAUGUGAUAUGUGGCGGACCUCCUUGCCAAGGCAUUAGUGGUUUCAACAGGUUCCGGAACACAAAAGCACCUCUCGAGGACCCUAAAAAUAAACAGCUGAUUGUUUUCAUGGAUAUCGUGGACUAUCUGAGGCCUAAGUUUGUGUUGAUGGAGAAUGUUGUUGAUAUUCUCAAGUUUUGCAAUGGUUAUCUUUUUAGAUAUGCUCUUGGCCGCUUAGUUGCGAUGGAUUAUCAAGCAAGGAUGGGUAUGAUGGCUGCCGGUGCUUAUGGGUUGCCCCAGUUUCGCAUGCGUAUGUUUAUGUGGGGUGCACUUCCUACUGAGAGGUUACCUCCGUACCCCUUGCCUACACAUAAAGUCAUAAAUAGAGGUGUGGUUCCACUCGAAUUUGAGGGGAACACAGUUGCAUAUAGUAAAGACCAGGAAGUAGUUAGUCUCAAGAAAGAACUUUUUCUUGGUGAUGCAUUAUCUGACCUCCCAGAGGUUGAAAAUAACGAAAAAAAUGACGAGAUGCCUUACAGCUUGGAGCCCCAAACAGAAUUCCAGCGGUUUAUAAGAUUACCAAGGAAUGAAAUGCCAGGCUGUUUGGCAUUGAGCUCUGAAGAAUCGGGACAUAAUUUGUACGAUCACCGCCCUCUCCAGCUAAAUCAGGACGAUUUCGAACGUGUUUGUCAAAUACCUAAAAAUAAGGCAUGA